AUGCUGGGUCAGAACCAUAACCCAACCCCGCUGGGUCAAACCAACCCAGCGUUGGCUCGGUCCAUAUUUGACCCAGCACUUGGUUACCAAUAUGACCCAAUUACCUGCACAGACAAUGGAAAGGCCUACUCCCACCAUCAGACAUGGAGCCCAGAGCCGUGUCUGAUCUGUGUGUGCGACACAGGUACUGUGGAGUGUGAGGAGGUGGUAUGUGAGGAGCUCAGUCACUGCCAAACAACCGAGGCCCCAGAGGGCGAGUGUUGCCCUGUGUGCUCCACUGCAGCACCACAUCUUCCUCCUAGCACGGACAAUGGCACUGAUUCCUGUACAGAAGACGGCAAAGUCUACUCCCACGAUCAGAUAUGGAAGCCAGAGCCCUGUCGAGUCUGUAUAUGUGAUAUAGGGAUGGUGGUUUGUGAGGACGUGGUGUGUGAGGAUGUAGGUGACUGCAAGACCACUGAGACCCCAGAGGGCGAAUGUUGCCCCGUGUGCUUGGCUGCCGCGUGGCAGCCUUACACAGACACUGAAACUGAUACCUGCACAGAAAACGGAGAAGUCUACGCCCACAAUGACAUGUGGAACCCGGAGCCGUGUCGGAUCUGUGUGUGCGACAUGGGGACCGCUGUGUGUGAAGAUGUGGUUUGCGAGGACCUCGGGGACUGUCAAACUGUGACCCCCGAGGGCGAGUGCUGCCCUGUGUGCUUAACUGCAGCUUCCACAUCCACUCCCAGUGCAGACCCUAUAACAGCUGCAGAUGAGAAGAAAGGGGACAGCUGCACGGUCGAGGGGGAGGUCUACCAGCACAACGACAUCUGGAAACCCCAACCUUGUCGCGUGUGCGUUUGUGACAAUGGCGUCGCCCUCUGUGACGAGGUGCAGUGCGAGCUGCUGUCAAACUGCGAGAAGGUCGCCACACCCGAGGGGGAGUGCUGCCCCGUGUGUGACAGCUUCGCCAGCGCCAGCAGGAGGAUAGAAAUUAUGGGCAAGGGACAGAAAGGUGAACCAGGUGAUAUCCCAUAUGUUGUGGGGCUCCCUGGACCUACAGGCCCCCCGGGUCCACCAGGAGCUCAGGGAUCCACUGGACAAAGAGGCUUUAAAGGCAGACGGGGAUAUGCAGGCCCUCCAGGAUUUGACGGCGAGCCCGGUGUGCCAGGAAAUCCUGGAGAGCCAGGACCAGCGGGCCAUCCCACCCACCCUGGGGGCAACCUGGUGUCCCAGAUGGCUUCAGGUUUCGGUGAGAAGUCUAGUCUGGCUGGGAUGGUAUCAGGAACACGCGGUGAAACUGGACCAAGAGGACCCCCAGGCUCGCCUGGAAGUCAAGGUCCACCUGGAGUUCAGGGAACCCCAGGAGAGGGUGGAGAUCCAGGACCAAUGGGUGAGCCGGGUCAUCGAGGACAAGAUGGGCCUCCGGGAAAAACUGGUCCUGAUGGAGAACCUGGACCUGACGGUGCUCCGGGAGAACCAGGAUUUCCAGGAUCUGUGGGUCAACGAGGGUUCCCGGGACUUCCAGGUCACCCAGGACUGAAAGGCCACAAGGGACAUGCCGGUCUUCUUGGGCCAAAAGGCGAGUCUGGACCUGCUGGAGCCAAGGGUAAAUCUGGCACUCCGGGGGCAAUGGGUGCUCCAGGCCCAGUGGGACCAGCGGGCAUGCAGGGAGAAAGAGGCCGAGCCGGACCAACUGGUCCUGUGGGCAAACGGGGUGCAGCCGGCCACGUCGGCAAACCCGGUCCUCUGGGCCCAAUAGGAAUCCCCGGUGUUGCAGGAUUUCCCGGGAACCCAGGAAUGAAGGGAGAACCAGGGCCGACGGGGGUCCGAGGAAGCCCAGGACAGCAGGGACCCAGAGGAGAUGCUGGUCACGUAGGCCCCCCCGGGCCACAGGGGCAGCAGGGUGCCUCAGGACCUGAUGGAGCUCAAGGCAGUCGCGGCCAAGCAGGUCUAGCAGGCGUCCAGGGUCCAGCCGGGCUGUUGGGGGCACCCGGCCCCCCGGCCCCAGGGGCGAAGCUGGACUGCCUGGAUUCAAAGGAGAAGCUGGGUUUAAGGGAGAAAGAGUAA